CACACACACACGAUCCCUCUCCCUCCCUCCUUCAGCUUUAAGCACUCUACCCACAGAGUAUAUGUGUGUAUGUGUGUGUCGGCCGUCAGCAGAAUAAGCGUUAGAGCUGUCGGUGCACAGAAACAGAAAUAGGUGAAGGCUCGGUCCGGGACUACAGCAACCAGCAGCAUCCUAAAGAGCGAUCCGGGCUCUGUGGGGCCUCUCCGGAUCCAUGGCCUGAUCUGUACCGGCGGCGGAUCAGCUGCAGCUGAAGCCUUCGAGAUGCUCCGAGCUCUUUGCAGCUGCACAAUAACACCGUCACCGAUACCGGCCCGGGGUUCCAGCUAUGCUUUUCAGACGGAGAGCCAGGAUGUUGCGGUGGCUGGUUUGUGGUCGGGUGGGUCCAGUUUGGAUGUGGAAGGCGCUGCUGCUCUUCGUUGCCAUUGCCUUUGCUGGCCAGCUGUUGGGGGUCAUCUUCAACAAGAGCAGUGUCCAGCCAGCUGGUCGCUCCAUCUUCUCGUCCCCUGAUGCUCAGGGCCCCUCUCUGGGCUCCUGCCAGCCCCACACCCAUGUCAUGUUCCUCAAGACCCACAAGACAGCCAGCAGCACCGUGCUCAACAUGCUGUAUCGCUUUGGGGAGGAGCGCGACCUUCGCUUCGCCCUGCCACUGGGCUACCAGCUGGGCUACCCACUGCCCUUCAACGCCCACAGGGUCAAAGGUUACCGAGGUCCCAGAGUCGUGGAGUUUCACAUCAUGGGCAAUCACAUGAGAUUUCAUAGGCCUGAGGUGGAGAAGGUGAUGCCUGCAGACACGUUCUAUUUCUCUAUCAUCAGGGACCCGGUCGCUCUGGCCGAGUCCUCCUUUGCCUAUUAUAAGGAGGUUGCGCCUGCCUUUCGGAAAGCCAAAAGCUUAGGCGACUUUGCUGAUGACCCCAAGAAAUACUAUGAUCCUCGUCUCCGCAAUAACCACUACGCUCGCAACCUGUUGUGGUUUGACUUUGGCAUGGACCACAAUGCUAAUUUCUCUGAGGCCCUGGUUCAGCGUGCUGAGGCCAUGAUCCGCCGAACCUUCAACCUGAUUCUGGUGUCAGAGUACUUUGACCAGUCCAUGAUUCUGCUGAGACACGCCCUCUGCUGGCCACUGGAUGCCGUCGUCUCAUUCAGCCUCAAUGCUCGGCAGCAGAAGCCCAGUAGCGUUGGGGGGAUGAGUGGGAGCUGGAUGGGUAAAGCAGCAGCGGCAGCUGGUGUUGGUGGUAGAGCGGGACGUUCACAAGCCAAGACACUGACCAAUGUAACAGAGGAGCAGCGGGAGAAGCUGCGGGAGUGGAAUGCCCUAGACUGGCACUUAUAUAAAGCCUUCAACCGGACCUUUUGGGGGGAAAUUGACAGGUUCGGACAUACCCAGAUGGAGCAGGAAGUAGCUCUUCUCAGGACACGACGGGAAGAUCUAGCCCGGGUUUGUCUCAGGGACGGCGGGAAGCCUGUGGAGGCGCACCGGAUCCGGGACAAAAACAUCCGCCCAUAUCAGAGUGGAUUGGUGAAGAUUCUUGGCUACGAGCUCCAGCUGGGGCUGGAUAACGCCACCAGGACGGCCUGUCUCAGGAUGAUCAGGCCUGAGAUCCAGUACAAAGAUGUGCUGGAUGCUAAACAGUUCCCACGGGCUGCGGCCCAAGCCCAAACUGGGCAGCAGAGCCAGGGCCUGAUGGUAGCAGCAGGUGGCUCUCUUUUAAGACAAGACUCAUCCAGGACAGCAGAGAGGCCAGUUAGGGGAGAGGCUGGGGGGAGGGCAGUGGAGAGAGACUGGGAUGGAAGCCGCUUAGUGAGGAGGAACCAGACCUUGAUACGAGACAAAGGAAGAUUGAGAUAGUUCAAGGUGAGUCUAGCUCCUGAAUACGGUACCUUUGGUCUCUGAACAGAUGGACUAAUGACCUGAAAACUGAGCCAAGUGUGGUUACACAUGAGAAAACAAAAAGCUCCUCCUUUGCACUUCCACUUUUUGGUUGUUUGCUUGUUUUCUUAAAAACUGUCUUUGCUUUUAGUUGGUGUAGUUCUUGUGAACUUGAUCCUUGACCUCUGAACGACUGGGAUGCUUUCAUGGCAGCAGUAACAGGUUGAAGGAGCGUUAUAUGUUUGAUCUCAACAGAAAGUGAAAGGAUCACACGUUUUUAUGAGGAGAAACACUCGAAAAGUGUUGGCAGGUACGUUCUGCUUUGCUGUUAAUUUAUAGACACUCAGAAGCCUGUUUUACUUCCUGCUCAUAUUAAUACUUUUAAGAGUUACGAUUUUCAAGUUGUCCUUGGUGCACAUGCUAAAAAUUUCUCAACAUAAAGGUACACUCUAAUGCAGUACUAUUACAGUGAGUCACUGAGCUAAGCACCACUUUCUUUAAAAAUAAAACCUUGUGGCCAUUUCGAAACAUUUCACCAGAAUCCUCAGAGAUUCUUUUAGCAAUUUGACUACAGCAGUAUUCUGUCUGCUGCACAGUAAACAUGAUUUUUUUUUACCUGUUUCCAAAGUUGUGACUACAUUUAAUUAUCAAAACAAAAGUGGUAACUGGAAAUGUCAAAUUUCGUGGGUUAGGCCAGUGUAAAAAUGUUCAUACUGGUUUGAUGUUAAGCCAAACAUCGGACCAACCAGUAUGCUGAAUUUUACCACUAGGUGUUGCACUCAAUAGCAGCUCCUGAGUAGAAUGACACUGUGUUCUAAUAUUGAGCGAGCGUCUGACUAUUGUAUUGCAUCAUGAACAUCGGAGCUCUCAGUACACGUUGAACCAAUAAAUAUGCACUUCUGUUACAUCAUGUAAACAAAGUAGGUACCUAUCAACUGUGCACUGAAGAUCAGGUUUAUAUGAUGUAUAUAUUUACUGGAAAUGACAUACAACAGCAAGUAGCCUAGUUUGUUAUUAGCAAUGGUCAUUUACCAGAAACUUUUCAUUCCCUGGGGAUCUCCCUCCAGCCAGCUGUCACCUUAUUUUUGUUUAUUUUUUUGUAGUAAAAUAUGAAGCUAUUGUGCAGAUAAUUCCCUCAUUUCAGCUUAUUAUUAUGUUGCCAGUGUUGAGUUGAAGACUCUUUCCCCAUUCUAUGUGAGUUUCACCCUACCAAACCUUAAGCCCUAACCCUAACCAAGGAGGGUGUUACUCAUUAACGGGAGGGUUACACUAUACGAAACUGGCACUCGGCAGUAGAUUACACAAAGAUUGUUUGACAGUAGCAACUCCGUUAAUCCAUUUAUAAACAAACAUAAUAAUCAUAUGAUUAUAUUGCUUAUUACUAAUGCAAUACAAGUUAGAUUUAGCAUCUUGACGCUGUCAGCACAGGUUGGUGAUGUAGGCUACUUUUUAAUUUGCCAGAACGUGUCAUAAUGACAAAUGCUGGUUCAGCUGGUUUGCAUAAAAUCAAACUGGUUUAAGCUUGUGCACCAGACCAGAACUGCUUUGAUUCCAAAGUGUUACCAUAUUGACACAGUUUGGUUUUCUCAGCGACAAACUCUGCCUCUUGUCAUCACCCCAAAAAACACAGUAACUUAAACAAACACAAUCUGCACCACUCUUCCACCUCCCAAACCAUGCCAGACUGGCAAAAUUGGAAAUCGACCCAACUACAUAAUUCCCAGCUUAAUGUACAAAAAUUAAAAGUUUUAAUUGUCAGUCAUACUGUCCUUUCAGUUACUCCAUUUUAGACAAAAUAAUGCAUUUUUAUUGUAUAUAUUAUACAAAAUUAGCAGGGAGAGGUGUUAUUUCUCUCCACCAGAUUAAGGAAACAGUUGCAACUUGGAAAAUGGGUAAAAAAUAUAUCGCGCAGUGGAUGGAAAUCUUUGCAACAAAUCUAAAUGUUAAACUAUCUUUAGACUGCUGGGUAUUUUUUUAAAUGCUUGCUAAGCUCUGUGACUCUAAAGCAGUGGUUAUACAUGAGAGGCACAAAAUUGGGGUUAGAGUAUGUAUACAACACUAAUUUUCCAUUACUGAUAUGGUUUGUAAAGUCAGUUUAGGCUGGUACUGUGAUGGACAAAAAGAAUUAGGAUUUCUGUCUUGGAAACACUUAGCUCAGCUUCAGUCAGUAUUGAGCCCUGUUUAGAACCACUAACCUGAACUGCUUCUUAAAUAUCUCUUAAUAAUACAAGAGGGGAAAAUGAUCCGAGGCCUGUUCUCCAGUUCUGAUACUCACCAGCCUGCAGGAGGCUGCUUAAUGUCAGCAUUUGGGCACAUUCUUUCCUUCCACUAUCUGCUAAAGUAUUCAUCUGUUUGACACAUGCAGACACAUUGCCAUGGAGAUCCAUUAAUAUGUUAUGUUGUCAGGUAUUAGAAAUGAAGUUCAUAUCAGGUUGGGCCAAAAUAAAUCAAAAAGCAGUUGUGUGUUAAAGAGGCACUCCCUGAUUCUUUGUAAUGGACAGUAAUGUCCUCAACUCCCCAGAUUCCCCUGCUGAUAGACUCUUGACAAUGAGUCAGCAGGUUUAUGGGGGAAUUUUAGGUUACACACUACAGUUCCAACACUAACGUAUAUUCCAAGAGGACAUCAGUGUCGCUCAGGAGCCUUUCUAGCUCCUAUGUUUAAAAAAAAAUAGAAUCAACAAUGAAAGCGAUGCUCCUAAAAACAAGGCCAACAAAAUAAGGAAUACAUACAAAACCAUAACCUUAAAAAUGAUGUCAGAAACACCACUCAUAAGGAAAAUAUUACCUAAACAGAAUUUGAACCAUAUAUAUCAUUGUCAAAUGAGCUGUGAUAGGUUUCUUUAACAAAUGAGACCAUGGCUGAAAUGAUUUGGAUCACCGUCUCAGACUUACAGACUCCAAGUGAACACUCAUCUACAGAAAAUACUAAUUCUGCUUUAAGUGAGAAGCUGAAACUCUUCAUCAUCCCUGGAGUGUGGCAUGUUUAUCUGAGUCACAUGUUGUGUUACAGCCUGGUGCUGUGUGGUACUUGCUGAAAGCCUGCUGAUAUUUUAUCAGUAACAUGCUGCUGCAUGAAGAUUCAAAUGUUGCUAUAUCUAUAACAAAAAAGACACAUCUUUACAUCUGUCAGGGACACCACAGACAGGUUCUCACUUGAUGGUCUUGUGCAUACCCGCAGUCUGACACAGAAUUCCUACAUUUGCACAUGUGUGUGCUUGCUGACAUUGUCUGACUGGUUUUUGACUACACUCAGACACAGUGGUUACACUUUUCCCCGUUAAAGGGGUUUUUUGGGGGAGUUUUUCCUUAUCCGCUGCGAGGGUCAUAAGGACAGAGGGAUGUCGUAUGCUGUAAAGCCCUGUGAGGCAAAUUGUGAUUUGUGAUAUUGGGCUUUAUAAAUAAAAUUGAUUGAUUGAUUGAUUGAUUACAUCAUGGUAUGCAACCUCUUCAGGAGCUCUACAGAGAUUCCAUGGUUCCCAAAGCAAAAUGAAUUAUACAUUAGACUUACAGCAUUAAAAGUCAAGUGAAGCCUUGCUCUUUGCUUUUUUAUGUGCGUGGUUUCUAAAGUUUAACUGUACAAAACUCAAAUAGAAACAUUUUGAAGUUUAUUGAUCUUCAUGUAGGAAGUACAUUCUGUCUAAAGGAGCAGUGGGCAGCUGUUCUCAAGUACCUGUAUUUCCUAACCUGGCUGUCAGUUUGUGUGGUGUUGGAGGAAGGCAGAGCACACAGGAAACCCAUGCGAGCGCCUCUCUAGCUGCUCUGGGACUGGAUAGCAGACUGUGGUCUGUGCAUGAACAGUCAGAGCACUUCAAAGUGAGCCAACUUGUCUGCUGCGGUUUCCACUUUCUGCCGUCAGUCAGUGCAACACGACACAGUCUUUCCUGUGAUAUGUGAACCCCUCAUGCACAGUGAUCUAAUUUGUUUAAGAGCAAUGCAGUCACACCAUUUGAGAAUGAUAUUUAGAGAUGAAUAUUUUACAGUGAGCCAUGCAGUUUUUGCUUACACCUGUCUGUUAGGAUUCAACUGCCAAACAUAUUUUAAGAACUCUCAGAGUGACGCAAAAAAGAAAUGCUAACUGACCCUUUGCUAAGCCCCGUCCCCUUGCAAUGGUCUGUCAAGCUGUUGGAGUGAGCAUGGAGCCCAUACUUUCACUAACUGAACUCCCUCAAGAAAUAUUAUGAAAAUUUUGGGGAAAAAAGGUGACUUCAGAGAGAAGCAGAUAGAAGAGUGGACAAUAUGUGUCUGAAGGAUAUAUCCAGGAUGUCAAACUCAUUCAGCAGCAAAAGCUAAAGAUAAAAUUAAAGAUAAAGAUAGCUAUUUCUUAAAGUCUCCAGGUUACAGUGUAAAAGUGAACCACGGCUAAGUUUAGAAUAGUAUACCGGUUUUAAGAUAUACUGUGAUAUAGAAAAUUGACAGUUAUUGUACAUGUACAUUUGCUCAUCUACGAUAUUGGAAAAAAAACUGCAACUGGACAGAGAAUCUCUCAGACAACAUUAUUUUAGUUAUUGUCAAAAGGAAUACUUUUUACACAUACUUCUAUUAACAAAAUUGUUUCAAGUUUCAAUGAAAGUAAUAGAACAUUUGUUCAACCAAUAAUAACCUUUCCAUUUUCAUUCCUUUAAGGGUCAUUCUGAUUGAUAAUAAUAAUUCUGUAAUACCAUGAUACUGUGAAGCUGUGAUAUUUUCUGAGACAGUUGUCAUACCAUGAAAAUCUCAUACCCUAACCACCACAUCACUGGUAAUAAAAACCAAGCACAACAACAAUAAAGGGGAACGUUUUCAAUUCGAUUUUCAACCAGCUGUGUGUCAUUUCUCUGUGUGCAGAUAAAUGGUUUUUGGCUUUCCACCAUGCUGCCAGUGCUCAGAGCUCCCAGCCUGUCUGCUGGCGGAGGUCUAGGCACUGGCAGCAUGAGAGAAAGCCAAACACCAUUCAUCUGCACACAGAGAAAUGACACACAGCUGGUUGAAUAUCGGCAAAGUUUCCCUGCUUUCCUUCACUGGUUCUUGUAGAGCAGGGUAGAUCUUUGUUCACUGUUAAAGUCAUUAAAAGUACCAUGUGUGUAACAUUUGAUUUUGGAACAGGUAAGAAACUUAUAUCUCCUUCCACAAGGAGACAUACCCCAGGCACAACAUUAAGUUCAAAUUCCAAAAAAACAGCCUUAAAAUGAAGGAAAUCUUAAAUGAUUGCAUGAGAGUCUGUCGAGAACAGCUGUGUUGUUGUUGGACUCUUUUUGGAGCUGGCCGAUGCUACACUAUGAUUGGCCAGUCUGUGUUUGAGGGGUGGGACUUAGAAAAGGGUCAGUUAGGCACAUUUCCAUCAACUAGUUUAGUGCAAAUAUAACUCGGAUUGCAUUGAAGAUUGCAUUUUGGCCAGUGCGUUCUGCCUCUUUUGCUCUCCACACAAACUGUUUAUCUGCCACUCAGACGUGAUUGGUCAAUACCACUUGAACUACAAACAGAAACCAGAAUGCUACUAAUACCAAAAUCUUGUCCAUAUUGGCCAUGUUUCUUGUUGCCCAGAGACGAAGACAAAUUAUGUCAUUAUGGGAAUAUCCGGGAAGACGCUGACAGCUGGAAAAGCUGAUAAGUCAUGUUUGUGUAAUGUUUGCUACGUGCGCACAUAUUCAAACUUCUGUGUGUCAAUAUCUCAUUUUGCGCAUCAACUCUUUUUUUUUUUAAAAAAAAAGGCAAAAACCACCACGCGAGCGUAAAAACUUUUUGCACACUUGAGUAAGUUUUAUUGAAUUUUGCAGUUUCCAUACUUACAUACAUUUCUAAUGCAAUACUUUUCUAAUGCACAUAAAAGUACAUUACAACAUGGCUGUUUGCCAAAUCACAGUAUUCAGUAUUGUUAAUGCAUAUUUUGGUACUGUUCACUCUCUACAGCGAAUAAUUAUGUUGAGGGAUGCAAGAUAAUAUCAGUACAUCAUCGGUAUCGACUGAUAUCAGUUUUAAAAUGAGGUAUUAGAAUUGGCCAACAUGCUUUUUCUUUAUUUUGCACAAAGAAUGAAUAUUACUCACAUUGAAAAGUACUGUAUUUCAUGUCUCCAUCUGCUGGUGGGCCAUCAUUAUGAGAGUAUGCAUGCAUAAUAUGAUGUUAAUUCCACUACAGAAGAGACUGAUCACUAAAAUCAGGUGGGGAUAAAAAGUGGAUGUAUUGAUAUCAGUAUCAGUUAUCAGCCAAAUAAGACAUUGGCAAAAAAUCCAAUAUCGUGCAUCCCUAAUUUUGUUGACACUUAUCUUGGAAAAGAUAUUAUAGUUUGGAAGAACUGUGGCUGAAAUAUGUGUUAAAAUAGAGUACUGAUAUCUGAAAAUUAUAUACACCCUCUGACAAAUCAGAGCUUAAAUUUAGCUAAACGUGGUACAGAUCAUAUUAUGCUAUUGGAUACAACAAGUGUAACUGCUACAUAUGUAAGGGCAUAUCUGCCAACAUUAAAGAAGUUUAAAAAACACUUGUUGAACAUUGGGAAAAUUGUAAAUGUAGCCACCAAGUCAUACCAUUCACACAGAGACAUCUUUUGCAGCAAAUCCCAACAUCACUCCCCAUGAUACUCAGCUGCAGAGGGUUCAGGUUCACUUAUGGAAUAGAGGUCUUGAAAGUCUGUCAGAGCUCUGAUUGUGUGGCUCUUUAAAACUUCCAACAUUGAACAUUUGACUGAUUGAUGCUUACAGUCCCAAACAAAGAGUCCUUCCACCGAACAGCAGAGUGUAUUCUCCAACCUGUGCAGUGUGAAUGGUGUCACCUUGCAGCAGUCGGCCCUCCGGGGGGGAUUGGGUGCACUGCUUUGUGUUUUUAUGACUGCCUCCUCUGUUCCUUCCAGUGAAAAGGAGAUUGUUAAUCAGCUUUUACAGUCACCUAGUUUAGACACUGAGUCGAUGGAGAUUUAACUCAAAUUUAAAAUUAAAGGAACAAACCUGUGUGCAUUCAUCUUCCCUUCCUCCAAAAAAACGUCAGUGUAAAUUUAUUUUCACUAUAAUUUUAAACAAUUGCAAACAAUUUUUUUCAGUUGCACAAUCCCUCAUUACAGUGACCGACCAUAGUAUGGAAUAUGGAGCCAAACCAGUACUUAACCGUGAUCCAAGACCAUCACAGGUCAUGGUCAAUCACAGCCUAUUGACAGCGAGUUUUUUAGAAAAAAUGUUGCCAUUUUACAUUUCUGCAAACCACGGAUAGAUUACAUUUGCACAUUAUUAUGUUUGCGUGUUACUAUGUUUUGGCUUAAAAUACCUGGUUUAGGUGCACAACUCACGCUGAAAAAGUAGUGAUGUCUUGGUAAAAUAUAUCUGCUUUCCCUGCCACUAUUUUGCUGGAAAUGCAGUGAUUUCUCAGUAAAAAAACAACCACUUCUCAUGCCACCAUCUCUGUUGGAAAUACAGUGAUAUGUCGGUAAAAAAAACAAGAACUACUUGUCUUGGCACUAUCUCGCUAGAAAAGCAGAGAUGUCUGUAAAAUACAACCGCUUUUCGUGGCACUACCCUCGCAGGAAAAGCAGGACUUUCUCGAUAAAAAACAACUGCUUUUAAUGCUGCUAUCACUACGGGGAAUGCAGUGAUGUCUCUGUAAAAAAACAACUGCUUUUCAUGGCACUAUCACUGCUGGAAAUGCAGUGAUGUCUCGAUAAAAUACAACAGCUUUUCACAGGACUAUACCUGCUGGAAAUGCAGCUAUGUCUGUAAAAACAGCUGCUUUUCUUGGCACUAUCCUUGCUGGAAAUGCAAUGAUGUCUGUUAAAAACUAUCGCUUUUUGUUCCACUAUUACUGCCGGAAAAACUGCAAUGAUCACCACAAAACUCCCAUGUUAGGUGCCUAAAAAAUACUAGAAACACAGCAUAAAAUAAACAAACAGUUUUGUUGUUUGUUGGUUGCAAACAUUGCUCUGCAGUUUGGCAGCCAUCUAGACCAAGUGACCUAUCACCGUCCCCUCUACCUCCAAAAGACAAAGUCAGCUCAUAUACUACGUCACUUUAGAAACAUUGAUAUGAUAGGUAUGAAACGUAAAUGUAAGGUAUUUAUGGUUUGCAGAAAGCGUAUAAUAACAUUUUUAAAAAACCUGCCUAUAGUCUUCUUUUUUUACUUAAACAUAACAUUUUUCUUAAGGAUCCCUUAUAUUUUGAUUAUUAGAUAAUUGUGACUAUUAUAUCAAAACAUGUCUAAAUUUACAUGACUUUAUUUCCUCUAGUGCCACCAUGAGGACAAUAACAGACUCCACAGGCUUGUAUUAUAAUGGAGAACGGGACUAAACCUAGUAGAUGUUUGCUGUUCUAGGCCACCACUGUUUAAUGAACACUAAUGCACAGAACAGUUGCAGACAGAGAGACACAAUAGUGUUUGUUUCAUGCUUUAGGAUGCAGUCUUAUUAUGGAGCAGGGCUUUAAAACAAUACCUUUCUGUAUUUGUUACUCUAUUUGCCAUUUGUACAUACUGUAUUUAUCAGGGUUUCUUUUCUUAAGAGGUUAGUGAUGAUAAGGGGAAAGGGUGUAUCUGUCACAGUAUGAUGGAAUUUAUUAUUGACGUUGAUGAGAAAACAAGGAAUAUGCACUCACCCCGGUGUUCAGUCAGUGUUGAAACACUGAAAUGCAACUCAGUUAUUAUGGCUGGGUAUUUUCAGUGUUCAGAGUCAUUUAUUAGCUAUUCUCAUCCACUGUUCAUAUGUAUACCUAUCAAAAGCAAUGCAGCAGAAUUGUUCUUUAACCUACAUAAUUGCAAAGGAUGUGACUUUGCCCAAGAGAGGUGGUUGUGUCCCGUCUGAAACCAAGUGAUUUUAGAGUUAUUUUAAGGUACUUAAAGGUACUUUAAGGUCACUUAAUGUUAAGUAUGUAACUUUACGUUAAGUACAGAGCAUAAUUAUGACCAACCAUGUAUCUUUUCCUUAACCUAACAUUUGUAACUUUACUUCCCUAAACCUAAUUUACAAAACUUUAAGUGAAGUAUGUACAUCACAUACUUAAUAUAAAGUUAUGUGGAGUUACUAGCCCUAAUCUACAGAAUUUUCCGUUUGGUACAUAUGUGUCAUACUUAACGCAAAGUUACAUAACAGAACAGAACUUUAUGUGAAGGACACACUCAAACAUGAUUCUUUUCCUUACCAUUAUAACUUAACCUUUGUAGCCUUACUUUCUUAAACCUAAGCUACAUUUCUUUAUGCUUGUUACAUAACUUUACAUUGAGUACGUAACAUGAUGACACCCAACCAUGAUUCUUCUCCUUACCUUAGUAACCUAACCUAUGUAGCUUUACUUUCCUAAACCUAACCUACAUUGCUUUAUGCUAAGAACGUGACUUCACGUUAAAUACGUAACGUGCCGACACCCAACCAUGAUCCUUUUCUUAACCUAAUCCAACCAGUAAGGACAGUAAUUUGUUGGACACUAAUUUGUUAGAUAUCAUAUGAACCAUUGUAUGUGGUUACAUCACAUUUAUUGAUCUCACUUGAUGAUAAGCAUGAUUUCACGAUUAUAUCAUGCUGUUGUUUUACAAAAUGUUAUCAUACACAUUUAGAAUUUUAAAAGAUUGCAGUGAAAGAAAUUACUUAUUAAUAACACAGGUAAUAACACAUGGCACUAGAACAAUUCAUCACCCUGAAUAUAAAUUAUUUCAGAUGGUAAUAUAUCUCAGAACAACACAAUGAUUACGUGUUGAUCUCCAGAUAAUGCCUCAAAAUGAUCAGUAACCACCGCCACACAAUUAUCUCGUAAUCACAAGAUAAAGUUUAUAAAAUAUUAUCUCUUAAAUAUCUUUUAUCGGGUAUUUGAGAUAAAGAUCUCAUAAUUAGAAAACAUUUUUGCUCCAUUGAAGACAUUUUCCUGUAAUUAUGAGAAUUUAUGUCACAAGUAAGGACACAGAGGUCAUAAGUAUAUAUAAUUACGGUUACAAUGUGUUUCCAUACACACUGUGUACACACAUCCCCACUUACACUCCCAAUCACACAAACAAACUGUGCUGCAAGGUAACAGAAAGGAAACUAAAAACGGUGCUUGAUUUUCAUGCCUGUCUUCCCACACACUUUGUUUCUUCCAGGGGGAAUGUGGUUAAAAUGUUAAUACUGAUAUGGUACUGUGACUUCUUUUCUAGCUAUUUACUAGUAUCAGAGUUUUCAUAAGUGAACAUGUAUGUUACAUAGUGUGUCAGAAUAAAAGGUACGUCUUAUGUCAAACCAUUUAAAUGUCAGUUUUCAGAGGUCAGAAUGAGCAGAAGGUCUGGUACACAGUAUGAUUCAUCUUUUAUCACUCCUUUUGAAUAGCUUACAUCCCUGUUCUAAUAUUCACACAACACUGGGCUGUUAUUGACAGGACACGCUUUAUUGAUUGGGUAUUCUCUCAAGCUGUUACAGAUUUCACUGUACUGGAAGUGCAAGAGUUUGUUCAGAAAGCAACAGUGUACUUUGGAUCUUACUUGAAAAUGUUCUCUUUUUUUGGUGAGACUUGUACUAGAUCACGCUCUUUGUGUGCAUCCUUUGAGUUUUUUUUCUUGUACUGAAUAAAGCAACAUUUCUUUAACUUCACCAACUUGUCUCCCUGAUUUCACGUUGAUUACCAACACUGAACUUUCAGUUUGCCACUGUAUUUGAAAACAGUUGUAUGAAGCCUGUGUGGCUCAAAAAGGAGCUGAGAAAUGUACUCAUGUGACUUUUAUUUCUUCUGGUACAUCUCAGAGGAAAAUAUUGUAAUUGUUUAUGUGACAUCUGUAGUUAUAUUACCAGAUUCAUAUUUUGCAUACUUAACAUGAUCAGCUCUCAGAAUAUGUUACCUAAUGGUAUAAGUAUAUGACAUAUAAUUGUUUAAUACAUAGGCCAAAUAGCUCCACCUGAUCAACAAGAGGGGUGUAAAUUGAUUAAUAACAACAGUAUAACACUAUAAAACAAGCCAUUGCUUAUAAUGAACACUUUUACAUGAAUAGGCUACUUUAAGUACAAAUGGUUAAUUACACUCACUUGUUCUUCACUAGAAUUUUGAAUGCAGGACUUCAGCUGGAACUCGAGUGUUUUUACAUUACAGUUUACAUAAAAUUGAUUCAAAACAUAGAUCAAAUGGAGGAAGUUUUACGUCAGUCUUGGAGAUCAUGUGUCUGAGAAACAACCUCUGUUGUUGGGUUGCACAAGGGAGCUGCCUUGGUCCAUUAUUAUUCUUACUGUACAUGCUGUUACCUGGUGACAUCAUUAAAGACAAUGUUUGUUUCCAUAGUUACGCAGAUGACACACAACUGUACAUCUCCACUGACCCAAAUUGUGCUGCAGUCAUAAACUCCG